AGUGGUUAAAUAAUUAUAUUAUUUUGGUCCAUAACGGACCAUCUGUCAAAGAUAUUGUUGAUGGUACUCUGUGGGACUAGGCCAUAACUGGCCGUUGUUAAUUUUACGGACAGUGUACAAAAAAGUACAUUCGUAUUUCGUUCGCUCUCCUGUGUCAAACUGGUGCUAGUACUGUAGCUUGACACUGACAUUGAAUUUAGUAAAUAAAUUAAAUAAAAUGGAAACGAGCGUGUUGGAAUGGAAAAAAGUUGAUCUUUUCCAUAUAACCGCUUUACCGUCAGUAAAAUGCCUGAACACGUCAGAAAUAUCGUGUUACUGCUUUAACAAAUCCAAAUCAACAACUGACGACAUAAAAAUAAGAAUAGUGAUUUGCGAUCAAAACAAAAAUAUUCACAUAUACUUUUCGAGUUGGGAGUGUAUUACGUUUAAGUCUCAGCCCGCACGGAACACGAUAAGACUUUGUUCCCUUACUUCAAAUAACUUGCUAGCAACUGCUACCCAGGAUACCAAUUAUGGAAUUCAUAUUGAUCUAUACGAUUUAAGAAGAUUAACAAAAAAGCAAGGAGCUCCAAUUAUUGCAUCUGCAUAUAUGCAAGUCGCGAGUGCUGCUUCUUGCAUUGAUGCAGAAGUCGUCGAUGAAAAAUUACUUGCAUUAGCAAUAGGCUUCGAAAGUGGUGAUAUUCUUUUGCAUUAUGGAAAAAUUAGCCGACUCUUUUCUGCCAACAUUCGCCAACACUUUGUAUCUGGAUGCCCAAUAAAUGGAGUUCAUUUCGACAUUAAAGCUAAGCAAAUGGAUAUUCUAACCAAAAUUAUAUUCGUAAUUUGUUCUCAAGGAGUUUAUUGUUUCGUGUUAAAAGAUAAAAGCUGCAUGGAUAAACAAUUUGUACUUGAUAAUGAUAAUGAUUCAAAAUAUAUCAACCAUUGCUGCACGAUUCGUAAGGCUGGUGACGAAGAUUUUGAAGAGUCUAUGUUGGCAGUGGGACGUGAAGAUGCUGUGUAUUGCUACACCAACGAUGGAAGGGGUCCCUGUUUUGCUAUUCGAGGCACAAAGAAAUGUCUUGCUUGGGUGGGUCAUUAUCUUGUCGUCGCUGUCAAUCCUAUAAAAUCAAAUUCAAACCAAAGCAUCUCGACUCUAUUUGUUGUAGAUACCGAAAACAAAAUGAUAGUUUUUCAAAAGCAAUUUCAAGAUUUGUUUUGUAUAAUCUGUGAAAAGGGCUUUUGCUAUAUUAUAAGUAACACUGUUCACGAAAAUACUUGCAACGCCUUUAUAUUAGAAGAGCACAACAUGAGAAAUAAAAUACACCUCCUAAUUGAAAAAAAUAUGUACGAUAUAGCAUUGAGGUUUUUAAAUCGAGAAGGCUGUAUUUCCUCACCGGAAACUGCUUUAGUACGGUUUCACUACGGAAACUAUUUACUUUUAAAAGGCGACAUAAGUAGAGCAGUUCAAGAAUUUAUUAAAACAAUUGGUUUUGUUAAGCCAUAUGCUGUAAUUUCCAAACUUUUAUAUUCCCGAUAUAAUUGUUAUCUUAUAGACUACUUAUCUGAAUGGGGAAAAUAUGAUAAGUCUUCAAAGCAUCAAGCAAAACUCAUGGAAUGCUGCAUUAAUCGUAAGCAAAUUCAACACAAAAUGCAGAAGAUUAGGGAUCGACUUGAACCUUUAAGUACUACAAGCCCUUUGGACUUAAAAAAUCUUUCAGAUUUAUCAAAAAUGUAUUUCGAGUGUACACUUCAAAACCAGGACAAAGUUGAAGAUUUAUUGCAACGGUUUUUGGAAUAUGGAUCGGAAACGCUAAUAGUAGACCCCACUACCUAUUUGGAGAAUAUUAAUUCGGAAAAUGUUAAAAAAUUCAAAAAUAUUCUUUCUUUUUUUUCUAUUUUGAAAGAUUAUAACGAUUAUUGUUCCAAAAUGCUAGCUAAGAUCAUUGAAACGUUUCCAGCCUGUGAUGAAAAGUUAUAUUUUUAUUUACUAAUUCUGUAUCUUGCCUUAUGGCGAGGUAACAAAGUUUCUACAUGUUUUGUUCUGAACUUUUUAAAAAAAGAGAGGUUACGUUUAGACAAGGUUUUAAUUAUUUGUAGACUUUUUUCAUUUUUAAGUGGAAUAAAAGCAAUUCCUAACAACCAGCAGAACGCUGAAGUUUUUCAAUAUGAAACAGUAAAUAAAUGUAUAGAUACCUUAAUUAAAAACAAUCCAGAAGUCGGUUUAGAUUUGAAUAUAAGUAAAAACUCAUUUCUUAUGAUUUUAAAAAGUAUGUGUUCCAAUGAUCAAAUAAAAGUAUUGAAGAUUAAACCUGUAUUCAAGGAACAAAAUAUGCGUCGUGUAUUGGAUUCUUCAAAUGAACAACAGUUGGUUGCAAAUUUAAAUGAUAAGAUUAAGAGAUCUGGUUGCGUACUAGCUCUCUACACAAACAAUCCUAUAGAAUUUCGUAAUGAUAAAUGUAAUAUUUGCCAUGAAACCUUGAACAUGCAAACCAUUUAUUUUCUUUGCCAACAUUCCUUUCAUAAGGAUUGUCUUAAUUACAAUUCGGCAAAACGUCAUGAUCAACUAAUAUGUGUUGUUUGCGAAACAAAAAAACAAAUGUCUGAUUCAAAAAACAGAAACAAAUUUAACUUGGAUUCUUCAAAUAUUAUUGCUGCAAUUGCAAAUGUAGUAGGCUUAGGAGUUAUGAAACUAGGAACUGAAAGUAUGAUUGAAAAAUAAAACCAAUAGAUAAAUAAAAUAUUCGUUUUGAUUAAAACUAAUACUCUAAUUCUAGUAUACUUAAAAUAGUUGUUAAUAUAUUUCCAUGUAUUUUUUAUUUUAAUAAAACAAUCAACGGUAUUUAAUAA